AUGGCUACGGCCACUUGCACCACCACCAUGACCGACUCUCACGAAGAGCCCGCCCUUUGCUCAACCUCAAGCGGUCGCCCUGGCCUACGCGUUAGAGACGGCCUUAAGAAGCGUCGCCAUUCUUCCUACGUCCCCCAAUCCUGGUCCGCUGAUCACGACGACAUUCAACUACUGGUCGACCGUUUCCUCAAAGAACUGGGCCAUCGUCUGGAGUUCCUUGACUCGUACGGCCACUUCAAAAUCGACUCUGGCAUCGAUCGCGCAUACAGUACUCUCCAUGCCGUCCACGAAUCUUGCAGCAAGGUGUCGGACGAGGUCAUGGAUGCGGGCAGACGGCGUGCCAAAAUCAUGGUCGACGUUCUCGAUGACCGAUAUCGGGGCGCGUUGGCAAAGAAAGAGACCUUGGAGAACAAAGUCCGCGAGGGUGUCCGUUUGAUGGAAGAGAUACUUCGCGACUUUGAGACUCGUGCUUAUGCUAUGCGCGAUGCCGGCCUAGGAGCAGUUGCCUCGGACCUCAUGGACUCUGGAAGGAGGAAGAUGGACGAGGGGAUUCACAUUGCUACCGAGCUGGUGGAUGAGGGUAUUGACAAGGCUCGCCGUGCAAAGGAGGCUGUCAAGGAUGCUGUCAAGGCCAAGAUCGACGAAGCCGUCAAACGCGCAAAGGAGCAAGGCCUCAUCACGUACCACGACCUACCGGACCCUUGGAGGAUCAACCCGCAUAUCACUCGUGGCUACCGCUUCUGUGAGACCAAGGUCGACUGCUUGCGCUCUUGUCUGUCCCUUUCCAACGAGACGGUCAACAUUUAUUCUCACUUCCUAGGUCUGCUGAUCGUACUUUCUAUCGCAUUCUACUUCUAUCCUACCUCGGCCCAUUUCUCCAUGUCGACAAAGUCGGACAUAUUCAUUGCUGCCGUCUUCUUCUUUGCUGCGUCAAAGUGCCUGGUCUGCAGUACUGUAUGGCACACCAUGAACUCUAUUUCCAACCAAACUCUUAUGGAGAGAUUUGCUUGCAUUGACUACACCGGCAUAUCCUUAUUGGUAGCCGCGUCGAUCAUGACUACAGAGUACACAGCUUUCUAUUGCGAACCCAUCAGUCGUUGGAUCUACAUGUCUCUGACAGCCGCCCUGGGCGUCGGUGGUGUAAUUCUCCCCUGGCAUCCAACCUUCAACCGUAACGAUCUCGCAUGGGCCCGCGUCGCUUUUUACGUUACUCUUGCAGGUACUGGUGGUCUGCCCGUAAUUCAGCUCAUCUACACUCGUGGUGUGAGCUGGGCAGUAUACUUCUACACGCCCAUCUUCAAGAGCUUGUUUGUGUACCUCACCGGCGCGAUACUAUAUGCUGCCAAGGUCCCUGAACGCUUCGCUCCAGGCUUCUUCGACUACUUUGGUGGUAGCCACAACAUCUGGCAUUUUGCUGUACUUGGUGGUAUCUUGUUCCACUACAGCGCAAUGCAGAGCUUCUUUGGAGACGCUUUCCGCCGGGCAGAGAGUCAAUGCACUGUCUACUAG